GAGUUGGGAAGGAAUUAAGGAGGCUGUGCCUCCGGGUUGCACGAAGCGUCCAAGUCAUUUCUCAAAACCUCUGAUAGGUGGACCUUAGAGGCAGCGUUGCCGAGCACUGCAAGAAUCAGAAACGCAUCCCUGUCUGUCUGCUUGGGAGAGACAAAGAAAUUGGUGUUUCUCCAAGUGAAGCUGAGAAGGCUGUCAAUCAGCCAAGGGAGCCUCAAAGUCCUCUUCCUGCGUGAGGAAGAGGUGGCGACUGGAAGGAGAACACCACCAGGGAAGAUGGCUUCUGGUGUGGGCCCUGCCUAGCGGCAGCUGCAGCCACAAACCAAACCAGCAGGAUGCGCCUCUAGACACCAUGGACGGGGCCCAGGGUGCAGCCCUGCAGCUGCAGCAGCUCCCACCCACGAGCAGCGCUGACCCUGCCAGCGAGGCUUCCUUCUCCUACAAGGAGAACUUGAUUGGCGCCCUCUUGGCGAUUUUUGGGCACCUUGUGGUCAGCAUUGCACUUAACCUCCAGAAGUACUGCCAUAUCCGCCUGGCAGGUUCCAAGGACCCCCGGGCCUAUUUCAAGACGAAGACAUGGUGGCUGGGCCUGUUCCUGAUGCUGCUGGGUGAGCUGGGCGUGUUUGCCUCCUACGCCUUUGCUCCCCUCUCACUGAUCGUACCCCUUGGCGCAGUCUCCGUGAUAGCUAGUGCCAUCAUAGGAAUCAUAUUCAUCAAAGAAAAAUGGAAACCUAAAGACUUUCUGAGGCGCUACGUAUUGUCCUUUGUUGGCUGUGGAUUGACUGUUGUGGGUACCUACCUGCUGGUGACCUUUGCACCCAACAGUCAUGAGAAGAUGACAGGUGAGAACGUCACCAAGCACCUCGUGAGCUGGCCUUUCCUCUUGUACAUGCUCGUGGAGAUCGUCCUGUUCUGCUUGCUGCUGUACUUCUACAAGGAGAAGAACGCCCACAACAUCGUCGUGAUUCUCCUCUUGGUGGCCUUGCUCGGCUCCAUGACGGUGGUGACGGUCAAGGCCGUGGCCGGGAUGCUUGUCUUGUCCAUCCAAGGGAAUCUGCAGCUCGACUACCCCAUCUUCUACGUGAUGUUCGUGUGCAUGGUGGCAACCGCCAUCUACCAAGCUGCGUUUUUAAGUCAAGCCUCACAGAUGUACGACUCCUCUUUGAUUGCGAGCGUGGGCUACAUUCUAUCCACAACUGUUGCUAUCACAGCAGGCGCAAUAUUUUACCUGGACUUUGUUGGGGAGGACGUGCUGCACAUCUGCAUGUUUGCGCUGGGGUGCCUCAUCGCAUUCUUGGGUGUCUUCUUAAUCACACGUAACAGGAAGAAGGCCAUUCCAUUUGAGCCCUACAUUUCCAUGGAUGCCAUGCCAGGUAUGCAAAACAUGCAUGACAAGGGGAUGACUGUCCAGCCUGACCUCAAAGCUUCUUUUUCCUACGGGGCCCUGGAAAACAACGACAGCAUUUCUGAGAUCUACGCUCCUGCCACACUGCCAGUCAUGCAAGAAGAACACAGCUCCAGAAGCGCCUCUGGAGUUCCCUACCGAGUCCUGGAACACACCAAGAAGGAAUGAGCCCACCUUGAGUGAGACUUGCCUUCCCUCGAUUUAUCACCGUUCAACAAGCCAGGCUGGCAGUGGUUUACCCUUAAUUCAAAAACUUGCCUUUCAAGUCUUAUUUUUUUUAACUGAGAACUCUGUGGAUGGGGAUCUUGGAAAGCCUGUGUCUCUGGCAAAGGAUAUGUCAUCUUGGUCUUGGAAAUUUCAAAUGAUGAGGGUGAGGGUGGGGAUGAAAACAGUAUUCCAGUUGGGCAGUAUGGAAUUCAGCCUCUGCCUGGGUGAACCCAGUGGGAUUUGCAAAGCCUUUUUACCAUCCUAGAGGGUGGUAAGCGAGCUUCCUCAGUCCAUGGCCAAAGGUCGUCACACUCUUCAGAGCCAAAGCAAGGCAGAGAUUCCACUCUUACUUUUCAAUUCCAGUGAAAGGCUGGAGAUCUGUAAGUCUAGUCUUCCUGCCCCCAGUGCAUGCUCGUCUCUAGCCCUCCCACUCAUGAUUCUGUAUGUGUGAUAACAGCCAUGCCACCCUCACAUGGCACCGUGGGCCGACCCUGGGCAGGACACUCUGUCAUUCGCCUGUUGGAAAUGUACAUCUGCCUUCUAGAAGAAGGGGGAGAAGGAGAGGAGCAAGGGCGAUGACUCUUCAGAAAGGAAGAAAAAUCCCUCUUAGUCUUACAAGAGGCGAUGACAGUUAUAAAAGGCUGGCCAGAAAGCCUGGCUGUUGUCUGUGCUCCUUUUUUUCCUGCACACCAGUGCCCUCUGGAAGGUUGGGGUGCUCAUUUCAGAGACAGCCCCAUGCCCCUCUCCAUACUCUGCACAUCCACAGGCCAAGCUGGAGGUGUUAGUUACUUUCCUCAGAGUCCAUAGAGACUCUCUGGGUCCUCAUUCCCGU